AUGGCAGCUGAAUUUCUGCUCACUUUCGCUGCUGAAGAAAUUCUGACCAAGGUGUCUUCACUUGCCUCUCAAGAACUCACCCUUGCAUGGGGGUUCAAGGCCGAACUGAAGAAGCUCGGGAAGUCCUUGUCCACCAUUCAAGAUUUCUUAUGCGGCGCUGCGGAUCAGAAAGCACAAGAUCGGAGCAAGGCAGUAGAGGAUUGGGUCAAGAAACUGAAAGACAUAGCUCACGAGGCAGAUGAUGUUUUGGAUGAUUUCAACUAUGAAGUUCUACGGCGCAAAGUGGAACUGCAAAACCACAUGAAGAGAAAGGUACUCAACUUCCUUUCUGCCUCCAAUCCCCUUUUGUUUCGUCUCAAAAUGGCGCAUAAGAUUAAGAAGAUCAAUGAUGCUUUGGUGGAGCUCAAGAAUGAGGCAGCUUUCAUCAACUUGGUUGCAAAGAGAAGAGAUUCAAGCCCUGGAGGGGAUCAGUCGGAUCGAGAUCAAACGGACUCUUUUUUUGAGAAGGAUGAAAAGGUUGUUGGAAGGGAGGAUGUUGUGUCAAAAAUAGUUGAGAGCUUGACCAACUCCAACAAUCAGCAGGAUCUUUCGGUUAUGGCCUUUGUUGGAAUGCCUGGACUGGGAAAGACGACUUUGGCUAAAUCAGUGUACAAUGAACCUGCUAUAGAUACACACUUCCAUAAGAAAAUAUGGGUGUGUGUAUCUAACACUUUCGAUGUCGAUGUGAUUUUAAGCCAGAUGUUAGACUCUCUAAACGGGCAUAAUGCAGGAUCGAAAAAUCGAGAUGCAUUGCUUAAAUCUCUUCAAGAUAAGCUGACAGGGAAGAAAUAUGUUCUUGUACUAGAUGAUGUUUGGAGCGAGAAUAGAUUGAAAUGGGAAAGUUUGAUAAGUUGUUUGUCAAAGCUGAAUUCUACUCCGGGAAGCAGCAUUAUCGUCACCACCCGCAGUGCCAAUGUGGCAUCUAUUGCUGAAACACUUCCCAGACCUAAACUGAGAAAUCUAUCAAAUGACGAAUGUUGGUCCAUUUUGAAGCAAAAAGUAUUGAAUUUAGAGGUGACUGAUGUCAUUGAUAAAGAUCGAGAAAGAAUUGGGAGGGCGAUUGCUGAAAAGUGUGGAGGUGUACCCUUAGUGGCAAAGGUUUUGGGAAGCAUAAUGCGCUCUAAAACUAGUAGAGAUGAAUGGUUGGCAAUUCAAGAAAGUGAAAUAUGGGAUUUACCUGGAGAAGAGGAUAGAAUCAUGUCGGUAUUGAAGUUGAGUUUUAAUAACUUGAAAUCACCGCGUUUGAAGCAGUGUUUUGCAUAUUGCUCAAUGUUGAAGAAAGAUUUUAAAAUUGAAAGAGAUAAUUUGAUCCAACUUUGGAUGGCUCAGGGAUUGCUCCAACUUUCAACUGACAAAAAUCAUCACGAAGAGGAUACAGGCAAUGAGUAUUUUAAUAUUCUAUUGAAAAACUCCUUAUUUCAAGAGGUAACUGAAGGUGGCAUUAUUACCAAGUACACGAUGCACGAUCUUGUGCAUGAUCUUGCAGAAAAAGUAUCCAGAUGUGAGAGCUUGACACGAGAUUCAAAUGAUACAUGUGGGGUUCGACAUUUUGCGCAUAUUCCUACUUCAACACUACACAGCAUGUUAGAAACUGUUGGGAGAUUGCACUCAGUAUUUUCAUUUACCAGGUCCCAGAUAUCAUUUUUUCCAAGUUCAGAGCAUUGCGGGUUUUAA